AUGAAUUACGACUCUAAAAGCCAGAACUCUAUCAGUUUCUGUCUUUCAAAGGACUUGAAGCUGCCGUUGAGGUUUAAGUUGGUUGGGAUAACGGGUUUUACCCAGCGAAUAGCUCAAUUCCUGUCAACAGACUCAAACAGUGCCACAUCCCAAAUCAUACAAGCCAAGCUGAAAGAACAGAAGGUGAACCAGAUUUUCGUGUAUAUUCACGUUGAGUCGUCCGGAAAACAGCUCACCGUGCCAAUUCUAACAAGCAUCGCUUACUCGAAUGGCAAUAUAAAGAAUAUCGACCGUGGAACAUGGAUCCAUCUCCCCAUAGAUUAUUGUCAAUUGCCUCUAGAUUCGGUGCUGGUUUUGUCGCUUUUUAAUUACAGGUUGAAAACUGGCUCUGAGAACCGGUUUGGACAUUGUCGACUCAGUCUUUUUAACAAAGACAACUGUACGCUCACCAAAGGUCACCAAAAAUUAAAAGUGGUAUUUGCCGAUGGCCAAACCGAAUUAGAAGAACCAGAAGAAACUCAGAUGCAGAUUCUCGAAACAAAACUGAAGCAGAAGGAAAAUGGAGACAUCAACAGUGUUGGCUGGCUAGACCAGUUAACGUUCCGCAAGAUCGAGCAAAUCAACGUUAAGGAGACGUUCAAACACAAACAGCAGCUCUUGAUAGCCAAAAAGACGGGAGAGGUAUACUUGAAUUUGGAGCUGGCUCAAUUCGAGAUCCCGAUCGUCUAUUCCGAUGUGAAAUAUGCAACGUUGAGCAUAACGACGUCCGAGUCGCACGCCAUGAAUGCAGUCGCUGCAAAUAAUGUCAAGAAUGGCGAUCAGUUGAUGUUCAACGAUGUCCGCUCAAGUAAUCUCAACCAACUAGAGGCAAAGCAAAGACCACCCAUUUUUGAUCCUGACCAGUAUCGCUCGGAGAUCAUUGAGGAUCCUAUUGAGAGCAAGUUCAGAAGAUUAGAAAGAACGCAUCAAUCUUCUUCAUUAGAUAAGGAUAUGAAGCCGGCGUUGAAAUUGAGAAUGGAGUUGAGCAAGAUCUUGCACAAACAGUUCUUUGAGAAACUCAGUCAAAAGGAAAAGAACAUGAUUUGGAAGUAUAGAUUCUUCCUUCUCAAUAACCUCAUACUGAACAAGAACAACACUCAGUUCAACAAUUUCAUUAUCAACUUCAUCAAGUGUAUCAACUGGGACGACGAUUUCGAGGUAAACGAGUUCCUGGUGAUUAUUGAGGAGCUAAACUCGCCGCCAUAUUCCAACGUGUUUAUUCAAAAGAUGGAGAUUGUCGACUGUUUGGAGCUUCUCAGUGCCAACUACAAAAACCAGAUUGUCCGCAACAUGGCCUUGGAGCGCCUCAGGCUAGCUUCUGACGACGAUUUGGAAAUGUACAUGGUUCAGCUCGUGCAGUGCAUUAAAAAUGAGACGAAUAGCUCAUCAACGAGCGCAGAUGAUGACGAUGUCACUGCGAACGAGAGUCGUGAGGACGACUCCGAAUUUUUGGAUUUCGAGGACUCGACAUACACAACGAACUCCAGCGAGUACCAGAUGAUUGAUACGGAGGAGGAAGAUCCUGUUCUGAAGCUGUUGAACAAUGCCAACUUGAGCAAUCCGCAGAGCAAGAUCGGGGACAAGCUACCGAAGCUCAAUUCUCCAUUGGCAGAGUUCCUUAUCGAACGUGCCUCCAACAAUUUGACGUUAACCAACUAUUUUUACUGGCACUUGAAAGUUGAAGUCGAUGACGAGAAAGAGAGACACAGGAAUAUAAUUUUGGAUAAUCGACCACAGAACCUGAUCGAGCAAGCCGAUUUUGCUCCCGACCAGGUCGCUCGCAAGAUCCCGAAAAACCCCAAGGCGUCCAAGCAUAUAUAUUUGCGCACGAUGCUGCAUUUUAUUGUGAAGUUGGCUUUGAGCGACGAUGGGGCACGAAAGAUAUCCAUUUUGCGCAGCCAGGUAGAGCUGAUCGGUCGUCUCCAUUCGAUAUCCAUGCAGAUAAAGGUCGACUACAAGAAGGAGCCAACGCAACGGAAGGUGGAAAUACUGAAAGGACUGUUGGCCGAGAAAUUCAAACCAACAAAGCUGAAGUCCUCGAGACGUUCAAUUUCUGAGCACGAGACUCUUGUUGAUUUCUCUCCGGUAUACCUUCCUCUAAACCCUGCCAUUCAGGUCAAUGGUACUAUCCCAGAAGAGUCCAGCGUGUUCAAGAGUAGUUUAAACCCGCUCAAGAUUGUGUUCAAAACUGCAGACGAUCAAGUCUAUCCUGUGAUGUACAAGAUUGGAGACGACCUGCGACAGGACCAGUUUGUGAUCCAAAUUAUGACACUUGUGGAGAAGAUCCUGUUGAACGAGAACCUGGACAUGAAACUAAAACCAUAUAGAAUUAUGGCAUUGGGGUGCGUUGAAGGACUAAUCCAGUUCAUCCCAAACUCGUCGUUAUCCUCGAUUCUCCAAAAACACACAUCAAUUCUUGCAUAUCUCCAGAUACACAACCCUGAGCCCAAUGCUCCGCUUGGAGUGAGGCCCGAGGUGAUGGAUAACUACGUCCGUUCGUGUGCGGGAUAUUGUGUAUUAACAUAUUUAUUAGGGGUUGGUGAUCGACACUUGGAAAACCUGUUACUCACCACCGAUGGAUACUUUUUCCACGCCGAUUUUGGAUACAUUUUAGGACAGGAUCCUAAACCGUUUCCACCGUUGAUGAAGUUGCCUAUUCAGAUCAUUGAAGGCAUGGGAGGUCUAAGCAACGAAAACUAUCAAAAGUUCUGCAAUUACUGUUUCAUCACGUACAUCACCUUGCGGAAGAAUGCCUCGCUGAUCUUGAACAUCUUCCAGCUGAUGAUUGAUUCGUCGAUCCCAGUGCUCCAGACUUCCGGGAUCAACGGCGUGUCCAACGAAACAGAGAAGUUUGAGCUUAUCUGGAAGAUCGAGGAGAAGUUCAUGCUGGAGUUGAACGACGAACAGGCUGUGCUCCACUUCCAAAAUUUGAUCAACGACAGUGUCAAUGCGUUCCUGCCUGUUGUCAUCGACAGACUGCACAGUUUGGCACAAUACUGGAGAGCAUGA